ACCCCUCCCCUAAGUUAAGGGAAGUGUUAGCGCACUUCACAAGAGGGGUGGCUGUAACAGGGGGGGCACUGAGUCUGUCUGUCUCUCUGUCUCUGUCUCUCUCUCGCUCUCUCUGUACGGGACCAUGGCCUCCGACAAUGAUGUGGCCUCAUUGGAGUUGAAGCAAGCUCUGCUUCUCUCACGGACGCUAGCUGUCGACCGUGAGGAAGGUGCUCUGUCUGACGACGAGCCCUGUGCCACGGUGACGCCUAUCAUACCCCAUCGUCCAUCUGCACUACGUGUUCUUCCGCCGCGUGACUGGCUCGUUGGCGUCAACGUCUCCACUGUCUCCUCGGCCUCGCUCGCCGAAGUCGCUCAGCGCAACAUAGACGGCUCGCACGAUACCGAGGCUAUUCUCGGCUCGGCCCCACCCGGCCUGACCACCAUUGGCUCGGCCUCGACCCUGCCGCCACUCGGCGUCCAGAUUACCAUCGCCCGGACAUCGUCGGCCUCGAUCGACAUUAGCGCCAUGCGCGGGGCCAUCGACUCGUCCGGUGGCUCGGGCGGCUCGAACUCGAGCUCGUCUAGCACUGGUGACCACUCGACCACCAGUUCGAGUACCUCUGACUCGGACGACGCCUCAAGCUCAAGCUCGGGAUCCAGCGCAAGCUCUGGCUUUGCCAACGACGGUGGAACGAGCUCGAGCUCGUCUGAUUCGGCCGUGCCUGCGGCCAAGCAGCCGCACUGGUCACGGCUAAGCUCUAGCGGAACCGGCAAAGGUCUCGACGGCGGCUCGCUGUCGGCGGCAAGUGCGACGUCGGCGGCGAGCCUGGCGUCGGCAGUGAGCUCGGCGUCUGUCUCAUCGGCCGGGACCAAGCUCUCGCCGCGGCCGAUUGCCGACCUUGGGGCGUCGCAGCGUCGGAUGCGCAAGCGGCGGAUGUCGCUCACUAUUGACUCAAAGUAUGUGACCGAGAGCGUGCGGUUUUUGGACCGUCUACUGCAAGAGGUUGUCAUUGAGCACUAUAAGCCCGGCGAGUACGUUGUCAAGGUCGGCGGCAAGGGCACGGCCAUGUACUUUCUAGUUUCGGGCGUGGUCGAGAUCGAACUGCCCAAGCGAGUUGCCCGUGAGAACCCACGCUUGAUUGCUGGCCAGUUUUUCGGCGAGAUUGCGCUGUUUCUGGAGAAGAAGCGGACAGCGUCGGUCAAGGCCGUCUCGGACGUUGCCGUCUGCGUCCUGUCCAAAGACGUGUGCGUGUCGACCAUGUCGCACUUUCCCUCGAUCUACCAACAGUUCCUCGAGCUUGGCGAGGAGCGGCUGCGGUCUGACAACUCUGCGCGCAAGCCCAAGUGGAUGUCGCGCAUGUCGCAGAAACUCGGUUCGAUGUUCAAGCACGAGAAGGAGAACCACGAGCUCAAGGCCGAGGAUCACUCGGCCAUUCUCUCUUGGCUCACCACCGACGAUGCCGACGCCUUUGAGAACGUGCUCACCGACCAGUACGGGACCUUGCUCUCGGUCCUCGUCUCGGUCGCCACCUCGUCCGAGGCCGACACCCUCGUCUGGCCAUGCAUCAGAGUAUUCGACGACGACCGCCGCCUCUUGCCACUCAUUCAGAUGCUGGUCAACUACGAGGUUCGCAAGACGCCGCGCGAGCUUGCGCUCUCGCUCUUCCGCGGCAACACCCUCUCAACCAAGGUCAUCACCGCCGUCCUCAACGCUGCCGGCGGCGACUUUCUCCAUGCCACCAUGGCCGAGCCCGUCGCCUACAUCCAGAGCCAUGCCGAGGCGUAUGCCACCGCUAAGGCGUUCUCUGGCGAGCUGACCGACGACGCCUUGGAGUGGAUUCUCAACGCCGCAAUGACCGCUGCCGAGACCGACUUUGAGCAGCGGCGGAUCAUGGAAGCUGCUCUCGGCGAGCCGCCUCUUGCCAGUUGCCUGAGUAGCACCGACGGUGUCGACCUUGCCGCCGUCUGUCACGCCCUUGCUGCUAUGUGCUCCGGCGUCAUGAUGCUUGCGUCGUCGGUCAUGUCGCGUGUCGCUGAGGUGCCCGAUUUGGUCAAGUUCCUGCUCAAGUCCCUCUUUGCCGCAACCCAGCACAAGUUCCCCAACGAGUGCCGCACCGUCACCGGCUCGCUCUUCUUCCUCCGCUUUUUUGGCGUCAUUGCGGCGCCACCGAGCCGCGGCGAGAGCAAAGCUCUGGUGCUCACCACUAAGGCCAUCCAAAAGCUGGCCAACGGCGCAAAGUUUGGCACCCUCUCGCCGUACAUGAAGGCUCUCAACCUCACGCUCGACGCCCUUGCCCCAAAGAUGGACUUUGCCCUCCAGGCACUCCUCGCCGUCGGCGGCCGCAUGGUCUCGGUCGCCCGUCCGCUCUUCCCCUUUCACGGCAAGCGCGACGACGAGCUGUCCUUUGAGGUUAACCAGAUGCUCGACAAGGUCAAGCCGACCUCGGACAUGCGCUGGCUUCACGGCCGGCUCGUCGACUCGGACGAAGUCGGCUUUUUCCCCACAUCCAUGGUCGAGGUCCACUCCGAGCUCAUCUUUGAUAACCAGGACACCACCUUUCUCCCCCACCCGACCAUCGGUGGCAAGACGCCCGAAGGCGUUCUCUCCAAAGCCGACUCUGUCGACUUUAUCAUGGCCUUUGUCGCAACGAAGCAGGCCGAGAUCUCAGCUUGGUUCAACGAGUAG